GUUCCGCGGCGCUCUCCGGAGCGGAGUGGUCGGCCGGGCAUGUGGGCCUCGCUGGGUGGGCGGUGCGUCCGCGGGGCCGAGCUGCGGGCCCUGUGGGGUGUCUGGGGUGUCGCGGUUUUCCCGAGCCGCGCGCGGGCCCUCCACGGUUCCGCCGUCGUCUGCGGCUCGAAGAACCUGCUCAAGAAAUUUGCCUGCAAAACCAGAAAGAAGUUUUGGUAUGAAGGUCCUUCUCUGGGGUCUCACCUGACCCACAAGCCAUCCAAGCUGGAAUUCCUCACCAAGACCUCAAAGAAGACCACCAAGGGAGACCAAGUGCGCCUGAGGACCCUGAACGGCCUCCUUUUCAAAGCACUGACAGAUUUGCUGUGCACCCCUGAAGUAAGCCAGGAAGUCUAUGACCUGAAUGUGGAGCUCUCCAAGGUCUCUCUGACUUCAGACUUCUCAGCCUGCCGUGUGUACUGGAAGACAGGCCUUUCUGCAGACCAGAACAAGCACACAGAAGCUGUCCUGCAGAGGAGUGCUGCACACAUGAGGCACCUGGUGAUGUCCCAGCAGACAUUGAAGAAUGUACCCCCAAUAGUGUUCAUUCAAGACAGAAAAGAUGCACUUCUGGCUAAGGUGGAUCAGUUGCUGGCAGUAGCUGACUUUGGACCCCCAGAGGAGAAGGACAGUUUGGCCCAAGGUGAUUUGAGGAAUCCUGGUGUCCCGUCACCAUAUGAUGCCCAAGGACCUGCCAUGUAUUUGCAUCUGUGUGGGAUCGAUCAUGAGGCACUCAACAAGAAAAUAAUGGAGUACAAACGGCGGAAGGAAAAAGGGCUCAGGGGGGUGACAUCAAUGCCACCACUGUUGGAUCAGCAGCAGGUGGCUGGGCUGACACAGCUGGUGAGGAGGAAAAAGAAGUUUCUGUCCUACCAGGACUGGGAUGCCUCCCCUAGGAGUGAGGAGGAGGAGAAAGAAGAAGAGGAUGAGGAAGAGGAAAAGGAAAGCGAGAAGGGACCAAGGACAGAGGUGGUACACAGCAGGCCUUGCUCUGGCAGAAGGAGUAGGGAGAGCCUCUGUUGCUACCUGUGCCUGAUGAACAUUUGUGCAAUGUGUGUGGUAUACAUCAGAGAUAGUCAGGGAGGUGAAGCUCUUGGUGAUAGUGUUUGUUCUUCUGCUCGACAUUCAGUACUUUACUGUAUAUUUAAACACAAUUUGCAACCAAAGCUCAUGGUUGAUUUUCUCUACACUUAAUACCCCAUUAAAAAAGAACAGGA